AUGGCGGCCACCGACGCGACGACGACGGAGGCGGCGGCGACGGUGGGCGGUUACGAGCUACUGGAGCGCCUGGGCGGGCGUCCGCCGUCCACGGUCGUGUGGCGUGCGGUCUCACGCUCCACCGGUGCGCCCGUGGCCGUGAAGCAGGUGCGGCUCGCCGGCCUCCCCGCCCGCCUCCGCGACAGCCUCGACUGCGAGGUCCGCUUCCUCGCAGCCGUCAGCCACCCCAACAUCAUCCGCCUCAUCGAUGUCAUCCAGGUACAACUCCAUUUCCGUUUUAUGGAAGAAUUUUCUUCUAGUAGCACAGCGGGCACGGUACGGUACCAAUCGCCGCCGCUCUUCUCCAUUUGGGUCCGUCAGACACAGAGCUGCCUGUACCUCGUCCUGGAGCUGUGCGAGGGAGGGGACCUGGCGGCCUUCAUCCGGCGCAACGGGAGGGUAGACGAGCGCGUGGCCAGAAAUUUCAUGAAACAAAUUGGAGCUGGCUUACAAGUGCUGCGCCGGCACCAUGUCGUCCACCGGGACUUGAAACCUCAGAAUAUCCUACUGUCUUCUCCAAGCAGCGAUGCAAUCCUUAAGAUAUCUGAUUUUGGCCUUGCAAGGGUUCUUCGUCCUGGGGAGUAUGCAGACACAGCUUGUGGCUCUUGUUUGUACAUGGCCCCAGAAGUGAUGCUGUUUCAAAAGUACGAUGACAAGGUAGACAUGUGGAGUAUCGGCGCGAUCCUGUUUGAGCUCUUGAAUGGCCACCCACCAUUCCACGGCAGAAGUAAUGUUCAGCUACUUCAAUGCAUAAACAGAAGCACAUCUCUUCCGUUCUCCAAACCUCUGCUGUUCAGCUUGCGUCCUGAUUCUGUUGAAAUGUGCACGAGACUGCUAUGCGCAAAUCCAGUGAAGAGGCUGUCCUUCCAAGAAUUCUUCGACCACAGCUUCUUCAGAGUGUGA